AUGCAGUCAUCAGGGCACAGGUUCCGUGAUGUCGAGCACCACCCGCUGCUCCCCGACACCGACAGCUAUGACUCCUCUUCCUCGGAGGCUGACAUGGCAGAGAGGGUCUGGUUCAUCAGGGAUGGCUGUGGCAUGGUCUGUGCCAUCAUGACUUGGCUGCUGGUGGUCUAUGCAGACUUUGUAGUGACUUUUGUCAUGUUGCUGCCUUCCAAAGACUUCUGGUACUCUGUGAUCAAUGGGGUUCUCUUUAACUGCCUGGCAGUGCUGGCUCUGUCAUCACAUCUGAGAACUAUGCUAACUGAUCCAGGGGCUGUGCCCAAAGGAAAUGCCACUAAAGAAUACAUGGAUAAUUUGCAGCUGAAACCAGGAGAAGUGAUCUACAAAUGUCCCAAGUGCUGUAGUAUCAAACCUGAGCGAGCACAUCACUGCAG